AUGAUUAAAAGUCUAUCUCAGAGAUUCUUCAUUCGAAGGAGAAGGUCGCCGACUGCCAAUUUUUGGCAUCGCGUACCGAUUGCUUCAAACGAUUCCAGAUACCGCUUCCAGUAUCAUUCACGAUCCCUCCAACUCCAUUCACCUGAAAUAGGUGUGGCUCCGCCUCCGAUAUUCACAAAUCCAUUCAGGAGUGGUGUAUAUUAUCGUAGCGUAUUGGAGGUGGCUCCUACAGAUAAGAAUGCUGUUCCUAUGCCUCAAGGGCAGGAUUUGAAGCCGACUCCGAUAUUCGCAAAUACAUUCAGGAGUGGUGUAUCUUCUCGUAGCGUGUUUAAGGCGGCUCCUACAGAUCCGAAACCUGUUCCUAUGCCUCAAUGGCAGGAAUCGAAGCCAACUCCUACAGAUACGAAACCUGUCCCUAUGCCUCAAUGGCAGAAAUCGAAAGUGUGGAACAAGAUAUUCAAUCCAUACUUUGACCUCAAAAGAUACGAGCCAACACCUGAUGAUAAUAACUAUGUACCUCUGUGGGAUAUUGCACCUGGCUGUAUUCUUUUUCUUCCACAUGGGCAUCGCUUGGCUCCAAAGUCCAUUGAAGAGAUCUCAAAAUAUGGCAGUGUCGAAAUGUGUGGCCAUCAUGUUGUGGUUUUGGCUGUCGAUAUCAAAGGUGUCGACGAAGCCACGAUUGGCGUGGCAACCAUUAGGAGCUACUCCCAACAUAGAGAUAUGUGUCGAUUCCUUGGGAUGGAUUGGUUUGACACAACACACUUUGUGAUAGAACAGAGAGGAAUUAAUGGAUUACCUCGACUAGAUGAGUUCAACAUAAAAAUGCUCCGGUUAUAUAAAACCCCCAUGUCAAAUAUACAAAAAAACAAACGACAAUUUGUUGCUGCGGACAGGAUCUUGACCGUUCCGUACCAAGAGUUAAUGACCGAAGUUAAGUUCAAACCCGAAAGGGCGUGGUGGCCCUCAUGCGCUCUAGAUGGUUGGACCAGGCGGGUUAUCAAAGAAGACUUCAAGCAAAUCUGUGAUAUCAUCGGCUUCACACCUGAUCCUUGGGUCACCAGUGGUCCUUACAUGUGGAAGGAUUUUGUCAGGAAAACUGGAAUCAACACAUUUGGCUUCGAUCUCGAGGAUCCCGCGCUCUACGACGAGAAGGCCUUCUUCAGACAAAUGUGGAAAGAAGGAGAGGAGAAAUUUGAUGAAAAUACUUCCAAACGUUUGAAAGUUGACCUGCGUUCAACGUUUGAUGAUUCGCCAUUAGGAUGGUCUUCGGACCGUUUUCCGUAUAAAAGUAAUAAACAGGAUACACUCGUACGGAGGUGGACGGUACCGUCAAAAGACGACAUAAACCUUAUUCAUCAAUAG